CCGCCCCCUCAGCGGAAGUCGGGCGCCAAACUCAAACCUUAGCAGCACCCGGACGCCGCUGAGGCGGGUGCCGGGGCCCGGGCCUGUGGCCGCUGCGCGGAGCGGGCGGGACCGCGGUCCAGCAUGAGCCAGGUUCUGUUCCAGCAGCUCGUCCCGCUGCAGGUGAAGUGCAGAGACUGCGAGGAGAGGAGAGUCAGUGUUAGAGUGAGCAUUGAGCUGCAAGCAGUGUCUAAUCCGGUUCACAGAAAGGAUUUAGUUAUCCGUCUGACCGAUGACACUGAUCCAUUUUUCCUCUAUAACCUUGUUAUAUCGGAGGAAGAUUUUCAGAGUUUAAAAUUCCAGCAAGGUCUUCUGGUAGACUUUUUAGCUUUCCCGCAGAAAUUUAUAGAUCUGCUUCAGCAGUGUACUCAGGAGCAUGCCAAGGAAACCCCAAGGUUCCUGCUGCAGUUAGUGUCUCCAGCGGCUGUGUUGGAUAACUCUCCUGUCCUUCUAAAUGUGGUAGAGACAAAUCCUUUUAAGCAUCUUACACACCUCUCACUAAAACUUCUACCUGGCAGUGAUGUGGAGAUAAAGAAGUUUCUAGCAGGCUGUUUGAAAUGUAGCAAGGAAGAAAAAUUAUCAUUGACACAAUCGCUAGAGGAUGUUACUAGGCAACUGAAUUUCACACAAAAGACAUUAUCAGAAAAAGUUCAAGAAUUAGAUAAGUUACGGAAUGAAUGGGCAUCCCACACAGCAGAAUUGUCGAGUAAGCAUUCUCAGGAGCUGACCAGUGAGAGGGAAAAGGCCUUGCAGGCGCAGGUGCAGUACCAACAGCAGCGUGAGCAGCAGAAGAAAGAGCUAGAAAUCCUCCAUCAGCGCAACACCCAGCAGCUGCAGAGCAGGCUGUCCGAGCUAGAAGCAGCUAACAAAGACCUCACCGAGAGGAGAUACAAAGGCGACUCCACCAUCAGAGAGCUUAAAGCAAAGCUGGCUGGAGUUGAGGAGGAGCUGCAGCGGGCCAAGCAGGAAGUGCUGUCUCUGCGAAGAGAGAACUCGACGCUCGAUGCCGAGUGCCACGAGAAGGAGAAGCAUGCUAAUCAGCUGCAGACAAAAGUGGCUGUUCUAGAGCAGGAGAUCAAGGACAAGGACCAGCUGGUCCUCAGAACAAAAGAAGCAUUUGAUACAAUCCAGGAACAGAAGGUGGCUUUAGAAGAACACCGUGAGAAAAAUCAGGUACAAAUAGGAAAACUUGAAUCAACCAUAAAAUCAUUAUCAGCGGAACUGCUUAAGGCAAAUGAAAUUAUCAAGAAGUUACAAGGGGAUCUGAAAACUUUGAUGGGGAAAUUGAAACUGAAAAAUACAGUCACCAUUCAGCAAGAGAAACUCUUGGCCGAAAAGGAAGAAAAAUUACAAAAGGAACAAAAGGAAUUACAAGAAGUUGGGCAGUCUCUCCGAAGUAAAGAGCAGGAGGUAUGCAAAUUACAAGAACAAUUAGAAGCUACAGUUCAAAAACUUGAGGAAAGCAAACAGCUUCUAAAAAAUAAUGAAAAGUUGAUCACAUGGUUAAAUAAAGAACUAAAUGAUAAUCAGCUAGUGAGAAAGCAGGACGUGCUGGGACCUUCUGCCACUCCACCGGUACAUGCUAGCAGCACGAUCAGAAGUGGACUGUCUCCUAGCUCUAACAUGGUUGAUGGUAGGCUGACUUACCCAACUUGUGGCAUCGGGUAUCCGGUCUCCUCUGCAUUUGGUUUCCAGAACACCUUCCCUCAUCCCGUGUCUGCCAAAAAUGCCAUCCACCCGGCUUCAGGACCAAAGGUUCAGUUUAACUUGCAGUUAACAAAACCAAACCCGUCACUAGGGGAUAUUCAGUCAGGAACAACUCUCAGUGUGCCCGGCUCCGCUGAUAAGGAAAAUGGUGAAAAUGUAGGGCUGGAGCCCAAGUAUCUGAAGAAAAGGGAGGACAGCAUUCCUUUGCGGGGGCUCAGCCAGAAUCUCUUCAGCACUGCAGACCAUCAGAAAGAUGGCCCGUUAGGAGCGCUGCAGACAUCCUGCAAACCCGCCUCGGUCCCUUCCUCCUCCUCUGCGUACUUCCCCGGGCAGCUGCCUCACAGCUAACAGUGCCCUCUGCCCGCAUGAGCUGGCACCGCCUGGUGGAGGAACCGUGCGGCAGGGGACAUCCCGCACGCACGCAGGAGCAGUGGCAGAGCUGCCUGGCUGGGCAGCAGGCUGUGCGCGUAUCGGGUGCUGCUGUUGUUGCUGUCCCUGCCGGCAGGCGGCUCAGAGGAGCCGAUUGGACUUGGGGACUUGGGGAAGGGAGGCUCUCAGAGUCGGUGCCAGGCUUUGGUGUGUGAACACGGUGCUUUACAGGACAGCAGUGGGGGUUUUCUUAAACUCAGCCUGAGCAGCUCUUACACGUGCCAAGGCAAGGGUUGGUCGUUAUAAGGGACGUUCUGAUCACAGUGACUGCCUGGUAAAGUCACAUUUGUCCGACAGAAUGGGAGCCAGAGGAUGCUAGUAAUUCGUUUUAUCAUUUUCAUUGGUAAAAAGUUUUAAAUUUGCCACCUAAGAAUUAUGAGGGAAGAUGGUUAUCUCCUAAGGUGUCUAUAUUAUCGAUGAUAAUGUACAGUAAAGGGAAAAAGUCAUGAAAUUAAAUCAAUCCUUUAUAGCAAGUAUUUUCCUUGAAACCUUUCAGUUAGCUGUUGAAUAACUUGGACAUUUACGUGGCCAGAUUAGGUAUCAACUGCUUGAGUCAUUUGAGCUGCAGUUUACAGGAUUUUAUUGUUUCCUGAAAGUCUAUGCUCAUCCAAAUUUUCUUUCAUUUGGAGUUUUAUUAGUGUUUUAUGCAGUUAAAUUUGUAUUAGUGGCGUUUUGUUUUGAAAAUUAGUACUAUACAAAAGAGCAUCAUGAAUAUUCAUUGUACUUGCUUUUUAAUUUCAAAACGGGUUUAAUUGUGUGCGUAAUAAAGUAGGCAACUUUCUCUUGGUUUAAGUUUCAAGUAUGAGUAGUUUCUUGAGAAAAGGUAGGUGAUUUAAAAAAAUUCACCCAGAAUCAUAGGGCCCAUUUUUCUUGUUGACAACCAUCAAAUCAAGAGUAUCAUUCUCUUAAGAAAUGUCUCAGUUUUUAUUUGUAAAUAUUGCUAAUGUUCAUUUAAUCUUUCAAAAAUUAUUUUCAAGGACCAUAUUAUACAGAUAAGGAAAGAGACAUUUCAAGAUAUUGACAUAUCAACAGUUCCAGGGUAAGACAAAGAAUCUUUGCUAAUUUUUUAAUGAAGCCAUAUUGAAUCUGAUACUUUGCAACUGCUAGCAAUUACAAGGUAUCCUUAACUAGGGAACUCCCCUAAAACAUUUAGUAACUGUUACUGGGCGAUGACUUCUCAUAUGUAGUUGUUUCCUCAUUUACAUACCCCACAUGCAUAAGAACACUUGGUUACAGCACCUUGAAAGUGCUUAUGGAGUGUGGGAAGAAGCCUCCUGGCCAUGUUGAUCUGCUCUUGUGAACAUUGUGUAAACAUAUAUGGACAGACUGUGGAUGGGAUGACAUACAGGUAGCUUUUUAAAAAUUUUUAAUAUAAAUUAGAAUUUCCAAAAGAUAGAUCACUUUGAUGUGCCAAAGAUUUUAUAUUAGAUAUACUUGUACUGACUUUUGAGUGUGCUAAUUCUUUGCUCUACCUCUUAAACUUUUAUUUGAAAUUGUUUUGCAGUGUGAAGUAUACAUGUUAAUAAUCAGAAUGUUGAAUUUAAUGUAUUUCUGUGAA